AUGGACAGAUAUACCAAUAGGGACCAUCCUGACUACGUUCCUGGUACAUUUAACAUCUACUCCUCUCAAAAUUUGGAGAAUGGUAUCAUAUACGAGUCGAAGUUGAAAAAGAACCCCUCAGGAGUUGUUUUGAUUCCUCAGCCAUCAUAUUCGCCCAAUGACCCGUUGAAUUGGUCCGGUUGGAGAAAGAUGGCUCAUUUUGGUCUAAUGGCCUUCAUAACUGCGUUUACUGCCGCUACAAGUAACGAUGCGGGCGCUGCUCAGGACUCCUUGAACGAAAUUUACGGGAUAUCUUAUAGUUCUAUGAACACAGGUGCAGGUGUUUUGUUUUUAGGUAUUGGUUGGUCUACUCUAUUUCUGGCCCCGUUUGCCAACUUGUAUGGGCGAAAAAUUACGUACAUCGUUUGUAUCACACUGGGCCUCUUCGGAGCUCUAUGGUUUGCCUUAGCUAAAAGAACCAGUGACACUAUUUGGUCUCAACUGUUCGUUGGUAUUAGUGAGUCUUGUGCUGAAGCUCAAGUGCAGUUAUCUUUGAGUGACAUUUUUUUCCAGCAUCAAUUGGGUUCCGUAUUAACUGUGUAUAUUAUGUGCACAAGUAUUGGUACGUUCUUGGGCCCAUUGAUUGCUGGUUACAUAUCUGCCUAUACUAACUUUCGUUGGGUUGGUUGGGUUGCAGUGAUCAUUUCAGGUGGACUUUUAGUUGCCAUUGUAUUAGGAUGCGAAGAAACAUACUUUGAUAGAGGUAGGUAUAUGACUCCGCUGACCAGCAAGCAGUCUGGGUACGAAGACGGUACCACUUUACAAAACUCAGACAAUACUCUCGUAUCUCAAAAGAAACGUCACCUCGACGCUAACCUAGCCACACGAGAGAAAGGCAUGGACAUGUCAGAAACUGCCGAAUUUGAAGUCAACAACGAAGAGGAGGUAACUAUACCAGAGGCGCGCGAAUUGAUUGAUGGGUCCAAAGAGCCUCUAAAGCCUUAUACCAAGAGAGUAGCCAUAUUUACCAAAGCUACGAAUUUGAAAGGGUAUGGUUUUAAGCAAUACUUCAAAUAUUUGAAGAUCAACCUAAGGAUGUUUUUAUUCCCGCCCGUGUGGUUGUCGGGUAUGUUUUGGGGUAUUCAAGAUGUUUUCUUGUCGUUUUAUCUAACUACUCAAGAGGACGCAUACUAUGAUCCUCCAUGGAAUUACAGUGAUUUUGGCGUUGCAAUUAUGAAUGUCCCCACACUUAUCGGGGCUGUAAUUGGUUGUAUCUGUGCUGGUAUUGUUAGCGACUAUUUUGUCCUUUGGAUGGCCCGUCACAACAAGGGUAUUCUGGAGGCUGAAUUCAGAUUGUAUUUUUCAGUUGCAACUGCAAUCAUUGGGCCUGCCGGUUUGUUGAUGUUUGGUAUCGGUACUGCUAGACAAUGGCCAUGGCAAGCUAUUUAUGUUGGAUUGGGUUUUGUUGGGUUUAGCUGGGGUUGUUCCGGGGAUAUUGCUAUGGCAUACUUAAUGGAUUGUUACCCCGAAAUGGUUUUAGAAGGUAUGGUUUGCACUGCUAUUAUCAACAACACUAUAUCAUGCAUAUUUACCUUCACCUGUUCCGAUUGGUUAGCUGCAUCUGGUACCGAGAACACCUACAUCGCAUUGGCCGUCAUUAACUUUGGUAUCACUGCUUUCGCCUUGCCAAUGUACCAUUAUGGUAAGAGAAUAAGACUGUGGACUAAGCAAUGGUACUUAGAAUCUGUCAAUUUGAGAGAUGGUGUGUAA